ACAUCUAAAUAAACAGGUCGAGUUUGGCGCAGUCUCCUCCAGUCCAGCGGUGGCGCUUGACCAAUGCAUCGCAAACCACAGAGCCAACGACGAUGUCAAAAUAGGCAGAAGAAGAAGAAACAGUUAGCAAUGGCGGUGAUUUGGCUGCGAAAAUAAACAAUCCAUAUUGUAAUUUCAUACUGUCUUAAUUAUCGUAUCAAGCCUAAUGUCAUAGCUAGUCGUCUAAGGUUAAUCUAUCGCAGAGAAGGAAAUCUUUCUCUCUGUGUAAAUUGAAGGAGUCACAUCAGUGUGAUACACAGUUAGCAGGAGCUGAACGAGCAGCCAUCAUCUCAUUGUUGAGCACAGUGUUAACGUUGACUUCUGUGUACCCUGGCGUCGUUAUCUGACCAUUAACGAUGCCGCUGGGUUUGAAACCAUGCUGUGCAGUCUGCAAGACGAACUCUUCCUCGAUGUGGAAGAAAGGAAACCAGGGAGAGAUCCUCUGCAACAACUGCACAGGAAAGAGCAGCUGCGGAACAUCAGGACCCUCCAUGUCCUCCAACACUCAGCCCAGCAAUGGCGGUGGAAAGCAGUCCAAGCAGGAGAUCCACAGGAGGUCUGCACGGCUGAGAAGCACCAAGUACAAAGCUCCGGCAUCUGAGAAGAAGGUGUCAACAAAAGGAAAGGGAAGAAGACACAUAUUCAAACUAAAAAAUCCAAUCAAAGCACCAGAAUCUGUUGCAACAAUCAUCACAUCUGAAUCAGUAUUUUAUAAGGGUGUAUACUACCAGACAGGAGAUGUGAUUAAGGUAACAGAUGAGGAAGACGGGAAGUCUUACUAUGCCCAGAUUCGAGGCUUUGUGCAGGACCAGUACUGUGAAAAGAGUGCUGCACUGACCUGGUUAAUCCCGACACAGGCCAGCCCAAAGGACCAGUUUGAUCCUGGGACAUACAUUGUUGGUCCAGAGGAGGAUUUGCCCAGAAAGAUGGAGUACCUGGAGUUUGUGUGUCAUGCCCCCUCUGAAUAUUUCAAAUCGCAGAGCUCUCCGUUCCCCACCAUCCCCAUCCGACCAGAAAAAGGCUACAUCUGGACCCACAUAGGACCCACUCCUGCCCUCACUGUCAAAGAGUCCGUCAGUGGCAGCAGUUAAAAAAUUGUGAGAUGGACUUGGUCUGUUGCUUUUUAAACGGACAUAUGUACAUUUAUGUAAUAUAAAGAAAACAAAAAAAGAAAUGGUUAACUUCAGCCAUUACUUCAGAUUGAAGGCGAGUUGUAAGUAGAUACAAAGGAAACCUGGAAACUACACUUCAGACAAGAUGCCUACAUAUUACUUUUGUAUUUAGUUAUACACAAAAAAGCUCUUUUCCACCA